CUCCUUCUUGUUGAUGCGGAGGUGAUGGACGGUCCCCUCCGCCGCCCAGCGGGGCUCCUCGGCUCCCCCCCGGCUUCUGGGAGCCAGCCCGCGGGCUCCGACGCGCUCACCUCCGGAAAGCCGCUCGCUUUCUCCAUUGACCGGAUUAUGGCGCGGACGCCCGAGCCCCGGUCGAUACCGGGCCCGGUCCCGGUCCCCAGCUGGUUCCAGUCCGCUCCCGCGGGGAAACCCGACGCGUGCCCGUCCUCGCUGCACUGCAUGAUCCCGCUGGUGCCGCUCGGCUACGAGCCGGGUCACCGGCUCAGCCUCGCGGCGCUGGACCCGGGACACUUCGACGCGGCGACCCUCGCGGCUCCCGCGGACUUUUUGGGCUUCGGCUUGAGCCACAAGAGCGCGCACCAGGACCCCGCGUCGUGCCCGGUCGCCGCGGGCCAGUACAAGCUGUUCCGGCCGCGCGUGGUGAACCAGUCCUCCUCCUUCCCCACCGUGGGCACCGUGUGCUACCUGAACUGCGGCGGCGGGGACGUGGGCGCGUGCGCGCCGGGCCCCGCCGGCCUGGUGAACCUGCACCCCAUGGCCUCGUACCUGCUCAGCGCGCGCCACAAAGCCUUCAUGGCGGAGAAGAGCAAGCCGGGCCCGGGGCCAGCCGGGGACCGGUACCCGGGGUCCGGCGCGCAGGCCUUCAAGGAGCUGGCCCAGAGCCAGAUCCAGAUCCAGAACUACAUGAAGGAGCGAGACCAGAUCCUCACGGACAAGAUCUUCAAGGGGUCCGCGGCGGUGGCGGCGGCCGCGCGGCUGAGCGGCGCGUGCCCGGGCAGCAAGCCCAAAGUGUUCACCUGCGAGGUCUGCGGCAAGGUGUUUAACGCGCACUACAACCUGACGCGCCACAUGCCCGUGCACACGGGCGCGCGGCCGUUCGUGUGCAAAGUGUGCGGCAAAGGGUUCCGGCAGGCGAGCACGCUGUGCCGCCACAAGAUCAUCCACACGCAGGAAAAGCCUCACAAGUGUAACCAGUGCGGGAAAGCCUUCAACCGCAGCUCCACGCUCAACACGCACACGCGCAUCCACGCGGGAUACAAGCCGUUCGUGUGCGAGUUCUGCGGGAAAGGAUUCCACCAGAAAGGGAACUACAAGAACCACAAGCUGACGCACAGCGGCGAGAAGCAGUUCAAGUGCUCCGUGUGCAACAAGGCAUUCCACCAGGUGUACAACCUCACCUUCCACAUGCACACGCACAACGACAAGAAGCCCUUCACCUGCCCCACCUGUGGGAAGGGCUUCUGCCGGAACUUUGACCUGAAGAAGCACAUCCGGAAGCUGCACGACCUGGCCUCAAAUGAAACUCCUCCUCGCUCCUCUUCCUCCUCCUUCACGUCUCUGGUCCGUCUUUCGUCUUCUUUUGAUUUCACUCUCAGGAUUAUUGAAAAAAACCCAGAAAAAACUAGUUGUUUAAUGAUAUUUAUUUUAAAUUGUGCUACUUGUUAUUAAAAAAGAAAAAAAGUU